AUGGACUCUGUAGACAGGAGCCGGGAUCACAGAUCCUCGAGGAGAAGGAGUCGGUCAUCAAAAGACCGUCGUCGUGAUGAACGUCCCGACAGAGACGAAGAAGUGAAGAAAGGGCGGGUCGCUGAAGCCGUAGAUCGCAACCCACUGGAUGACCGUGAACGUGAUCGCCGCGAUAGAGAUCUUCGAAAGGAGGGCAGGAGUCGGAGUCGGGAGGGGGAUGGAGAUAGAAGAAGACGACGUGAUCGCGACUCGAGGUCAAGAGAACGGAGUCCCAGGCGGAGAAGGGACGACGGUCGCAUGUUAGGAUCGAGGGAGCGCAGUUCUCGGCACAGGCGAGACGAGGACCAAUACCGUGAACGCUCUUCUGACCGGCGUCGAAGCUAUCGCGACUCGAGGGACCGCAGGGACAGAGAAAAGACUACGGAUAAGGAUAGUCCAUCUCCGCCACCAUCCCGCUCCGUCCGCUCAUCCAAUCCGCUCCCAGAUCAGAAUGCCCUCCGCCCCGGCGCAAGCGCUGAAGGCACCCCAGCCGUCGAUGACGAACCGAAGGAGAAACCAAACUUCAACGCCUCCGGCCUCCUCGCCGCCGAAUCCAACACCUUCCAAGGCGUCGUCCUAAAAUACCACGAACCCCCCUCCGCCGCCAAACCAACCAAAAAAUGGCGUCUCUACGUCUUCAAACCCCCCGCCUCCGCCCCCGUCGAAAUCCUCUCCCUCCACGCCCAAUCCGCAUUCCUUAUCGGCCGUGACGCGACAAUCUGCGAUAUCCCGCUUCUCCACCCCUCUAUCUCCAAACAACAUGCCGUUAUCCAGUUUAAGUGGAGGGAGAGGGUGAAUGAGUAUGGGGAUAGAAGGAGGGAUGUCGUGCCGUAUGUGAUUGAUUUGGAGAGUGCGAAUGGGACGAGUGUUAAUGGGGAAGUUGUGGAGGGGGCGAGGUAUGUGGAGUUGAUGGUGGGGGAUUUGGUGAGGUUUGGGGAGAGUACAAGGGAGUAUGUUGUUAUGUGUGAG